CCCGCCGCGGGCCAGGGGCGCUGGGCACGGGCGGCUCCGGUGGCCGGAGCGGCUUCGCAAGCGCAGGUCUCACUCAUCAGCACGUCGUUCGUGCUCAAGGGGGACGCGACGCACAACCAGGCGAUGGUGCACUGGACGGGCGAGAACAGCAGCGUGAUCUUAAUCCUGACGAAGAAUUACCAUGCAGACAUGGGGAAGGUUCUGGAAAGUUCUCUGUGGCGGUCAUCGGACUUCGGGACGUCCUACACCAAGCUUACCCUUCAGCCUGGCGUCACUACGGUCAUCGACAACUUUUACAUCUGCCCGACCAACAAGAGAAAGAUCAUCCUCGUGAGCUCCUCUCUCAGCGACCGGGACCAGAGCCUGUUCCUGAGCACGGACGAGGGCGCCACCUUCCAGAAGCAGAUCGUCCCCUUCUCCGUGGAAACGUUCAUCUUCCACCCCCGGGUAGAGGACAAGGUGCUGGCCUACACCCGGGAGGGCAAGCUCUACGUAUCGUCCGACCUGGGGAAGAAAUGGACUCUUCUGCAAGAGCGAGUGACCAAAGACCAUGUGUUCUGGGCUGUCUCUGGAGUGGACGCUGACCCAGACCUGGUCCACGUGGAGGCCCAGGAGCUCGGAGGAGGUUUUCGGUAUGUCACCUGCCAGAUCCACAAUUGCUCCGAUAAGACGCUGACAGUGCCGUUCGCGGGCCCCAUUGACCACAGUUCUCUGACCGUGCAGGACAAUUACAUCUUCGUUAAGGCAACCUCAACAAACCAGACCAAAUACUACAUCUCUUAUCGUCGCAAUGAAUUUGUCCCGAUGAAGCUGCCGAAGUAUGCAUUGCCAAAGGAUCUGCGGGUCAUCAGCACAGACGAGAGCCAGGUGUUCGUGGCCGUGCAGGAGUGGUACCAGACCGACACCUACAACCUCUACCAGUCGGACCCGCGCGGCGUCCGCUACUCGCUGGUGCUGGGGGACGUGCGCAGCUCGCGGCAGGCGGCGGAGAGCGUGGUCAUCGACAUCCUCGAGGUCCGAGGGGUGAAAGGAGUCUUUCUGGCGAACCAAAAAGUCGACGGGAAGGUGGUGACGCUUAUAACCUACAGCAAGGGCCGAGACUGGGAUUACCUGAGGCCUCCCAGCACGGACAUGAACGGGAAACCAACCAACUGCAAGCCUCCGGACUGCCACCUGCACCUGCACCUGCGCUGGGCCGACAACCCCUACGUGUCAGGCACUGUGCACACCAAGGACACUGCCCCUGGCCUCAUCAUGGGUGCAGGUAACCUGGGCUCCCAGCUUGUGGAAUAUAAAGAAGAAAUGUACAUCACAUCAGACUGUGGGCACACCUGGAGGCAGGUAUUUCAGGAGGAGCAUCACAUCCUCUACCUGGACCACGGUGGCGUGAUCGUGGCCAUCAAGGACACCUCCAUCCCCUUGAAAAUCCUCAAGUUCAGUGUGGACGAGGGCCUCACCUGGAGCACGCACAAUUUCACCAGCACCUCCGUGUUUGUGGACGGGCUGCUGAGUGAGCCGGGGGACGAGACGCUGGUCAUGACCAUCUUCGGCCACAUCAGCUUCCGCUCGGACUGGGAGCUGGUCAAGGUGGACUUCCGGCCCUGGUUCUCCAGGCAGUGCAGCGAGGAAGACUACAGCUCCUGGAACCUCACCAACCUGCAGGGCGACCGCUGUGUCCUGGGCCAGCAGAGGAGUUUCCGGAGGAGGAAGCCUACGUCCUGGUGCAUCAAGGGUCGGAGCUUCACGGCGGCGCUCACGGCCCGCGUGUGCCAGUGCCGUGACUCGGACUUUCUCUGUGACUACGGAUUUGAGCGCAGCCCCUCCUCCGAGUCCGACGCCGACAAGUGCUUUGCCAGCUUCUGGCUUAACCCCCUGUCCCCGCCUGACGACUGUGUCCUGGGCCAGACCUACACCAGCAGUCUCGGGUACCGGAAGGUGGUGUCCAACGUGUGCGAGGGCGGCGUGGACCCGCAGCAGAGCCCGGCGCAGCUGCAGUGCCCCCUCCUGCCGCCGCGGGGCCUGCAGGUCAGCAUCCUCGGCGAGGCGGUGGCCGUGCGGCCCGGGGAGGACGUGCUGUUCGUGGUACGGCAGGAACAGGGCGAUGUCCUGACCACCAAGUACCAGGUGGACCUGGGGGACGGCUUCAAGGCCAUGUACGUGAACCUCACGUUGACCGGGGAGCCCAUCCGGCACCGCUAUGAGAACCCUGGCAUCUACCGCGUGUCUGUCAGGGCGGAGAACAUGGCGGGACACGACGAAGCCGUGCUGUUUGUCCAGGUCAACUCCCCCCUGCAGGCACUCUACCUCGAAGUGGUUCCUAUCAUUGGCAUCAACCAGGAGGUGACCCUCACAGCUGUGCUGCUGCCCUUGAACCCCAACCUCACCGUCUUCUACUGGUGGAUUGGUCACAGCCUGCAGCCCCUGCUGUCCCUGGAGAACUCCGUGACAACGCGGUUUGGGGACACAGGGGACGUGCGCGUGACGGUGCAGGCUGCCUGCGGGACCUCCGUGCUGCAGGACUCCAAAGUGGUCCGCGUGCUGGAUCAAUUUCAGGUCAUGCCUCUGCAGUUUUCCAAGGACCUGGACGCUCACAACCCCAACACCCCCGAGUGGAGGGAGGACAUUGGCCUCGUGGUGUCCCGGCUCCUCUCCAAGGAGACCAGCAUCCCCGAGGAGCUGCUGGUGACCGUUGUAAAGCCGGGGCUGCCCACCUUGGCCGACCUGCACGUGCUUCUGCCCCCUCCCAGGCCCACGAGGAAGAGGAGCCUCAUAAGUGACAAGAGGCUCACGGCCAUCCAGCAGGUGCUGAACGCACAGAAGAUCAGCUUCCUCCUGCGUGGUGGGGUCCGGGUGCUGGUGGCCAUGAGGGACGUGGACACAGAUUCUCCAAGCCUGGGAGGAGGUGGCGGCUACUGGGCGGUGGCGGUCGUCCUCGUAGGGCUGUUCGCGGUGGGAGCUUUCAUCCUGCACAAGUUCAAAAGGAAACGCCCCGGCAGGACCGUGUACGCCCAGAUGCACAACGAGAAGGAACAGGAAAUGACGAGCCCCGUGAGCCACAGCCAGGACGUGCAGAGUGCCAUCCAGGGGAAUCACUCCGGUGUGGUCCUGAGUGUCAACUCCCGAGAGAUGCACAGCUACCUGGUGGGCUGA